UCUUUUUAUUUUUUUUUUCCAUUUUUUAUUUUUUAACAUUUCCUACUCCAUUAGAUCUCUCUCUCUCUCUCUCUCACACACACGUUCGAAAUCGAAUCAUUCUUGCAAAAAUGAAUCAAUCAUCAAAAUCCCAUAAGCAGGAAUCAUCUUCUUCCACUACUGCAUGGCCGGAUUCUACUAUAAGGAUUCAACGCAAAAAGCAGAAGCAAAAACUGUGUUCUAGAAGCCCAUUUCAAGAUCUCAAUAAUGGUGGUGCUGGUGUUAGUAACGGCUCUAACAAGGAGGGAUAUGAUAGUAACAGUAACGCUUCUUCUAUUUCCUCCGUUGAAGCUCCAAAGGGUUGUCUCAGGUUCUUUCUUUCUCACACUUCUUCUGCAAAAACUCCUUUCAUUAAUGGUACUAGUCAAAGACCCACUAGAGUAAAACUCUCCAAAACCCCUAAGUCUGCACCUAAUGUGCGACCCAAUAAGGAGAACUUACCAAAACGCAAUAUUUUUCAUAAACCCAUUUCACAAAAGUUGCAGAAAGUUAAGCUAGAACCUUCUCAAUCUGUUAGAAAACCCAAAAAUUUGAAAAUUUCUUCAGUUUUGGGUAGUAGUGGCAAUCCUGUAAAUAAACUGAUAUCUGGCUCUACAAAGUCGGAACGGGUUGUUAGUGACGCUGAUGGAUCGAAUUUUACUCCUUUAAGUAAGGUUGCGAGUGGAUUUGUUUUGAAUCUUGCAGCAGUUGAUAGCAAGGUUAUAACUGAUGUUGAUGAUGAUAAGUAUGAGAAAUCAAAUACUAAUAAUAGUACUAACACGAACUCUACAAGUGCUAAUACUAAGACACCUCCAGUUCAGGCCUCUGUAUCUCCGGAGAUACAAUGUGGGUCAUCUAUGGUGUCUGCGGCUAAUAAAACAAUCACCCCAGUUUGUUAUGGAGCUGGAUAUCUUGUUUCAGGGGUCACUGAUAAGAGAAAGUGUAGGCCUAGAGGGAUACUCACUGUAGGAGAAGCUAUGCCUCUUGAUUGUUUUGAAAGUGAUGAUGAACUGGAAAAAGAGAAUGCUUCAGAUCUUGUUAACAAUUCUAGCGUUUCCAUCUUGCCUUUGCCUGCUGAGGCUUCAAUGCAUUGGCUUUUAUCGCCUUGUGAUGAGGAGGACGAUAAGGAUCAAAAAGAGAAUUCUGAGAAGGGAUUGUGUCGUAUUUGUAGGUUGGAGGAGAGUGCUGGACGCAAUUUUUCUGUUUCGCCUCCGCCUGGCAAUGAUGUCUUUUCACCAGAUUUAUCCAGUGGCACCACUGAUAAAAGUAUUUCUAUUGCUAGUGCUAAGAGGAAGACAAAGAAUGCCUCUUUGCUUUCUCCGAGUGGAGGAUUUAUGGGGCCUCCUUUGUAUGAUAAGGCGAAUGUUUUAUGUUCUGAAGAAAAGAGGAAGGAUUGCAUUGAUCUUGAUGAACAGAGGUCCCCGGUAUCUGUCGAUUCAUUGGGUAGUGGAAAUGUAAUUCAAACCCCGCAAUCUGACUUUAGUUCAGAUAGAGGACUUGGUAUAUCCUGGUUAAAUGCAAAUGGUGGUAGAAAGAAUCAUGACUUUGAUUGUGAACUUAAUUCUGUGACUCAGCAUCUUCAAAUGGCUAGUUUAUCUCCCAAGAACCAUGAGUCAAUAUGGGAUCCAACUAGUUCUAGUUUUCAGUUUGAUUGUUUGACUACACCUUCUAAUUCUGUUGAUCUUUUGAAGUUUCAAAAAAUUUUAGAUGAUAGGACUUCUUGGUUUUCUAAUUCCUCGAUGGAAAACGUGUCACAAUCUCAAAUGAGGAUAUCAUGGAGGGAAGGACUAGUUAGUCGGAUCUUUGAGAUGGAUGAAUUUGAUUCUUGUCGAUGCUUAUCAGAUGAAGAAGAUGAUACCAAUGGCUGCAACGAUGACUCCUUAAAAUCUCUCUGCAGUCCUAAGCUCAAUGUUGACGUAGUGGAUGAACAGAUUUCAACUAAUUGUUCUGUAUCUACAAUAUUUGUUGAUAAUGGACAUGAAAUUGAUGAAAAAGCCAAGGGGCUUCCUCCUCAGGUACCAUGUUCAUGUGCAGAGUCUAUAAGCACUGAUGCAGGUGAUCUGGUUAGGUCCGAGGAUUCAGAUUGGACCUUAUGCUACAAGAACCACUUGUUUCAAACGUAAUGAUUGCACUCUUUUACCAUUCCUUGGCUCAGGUAGAAUAAGCCUUGUAACCUUAGAUCUAAUCUACAAGAACCAUCAUUGUACUAUUCUAUUUGUUCCAUAAUCUGAACCAUCUUUGUACUUUAUUGUUACAAUAUUUUUUAUCUGAAUCUUGUUUCUCUUAAUUUUUAUUAAUUUUAUGAUGAGGCGCGUUGUUAUGAUA